AUUAGGAUUUUAUUAAAUAGGGAUGUUAUGCUUAGGGUUUUUUAAUAAAAAUCUUUGAGUCGGAGUCGUAAGGUUAGAGCCAAGCCUUCCGCUGCUGCUUAUCAGAAAAUGUCUAAAGCGAAGAUAGCUUUGUCAACAGCAGCCUCAAUUGCUGCAUCUGCAAUGCUAAUUCGGAGUAUUGCGAAUGAGAUUUUACCCUCGGGAAUUCAAGACUACUUCUGUUCCGGCCUGCACAGGGUUUCGCGCUGUAUGUCUUCGCAACUCACCAUUGUUAUAGAGGAGUUCAAAGGACUCUCCAUUAACCAAGUAUUUGAGGCAGCUCAUUUGUACUUGGGUGUGAGAACGAACGCCACUUCAACUCAGAGACUUAGAGUCGGCAAGACUGAGAAUGAGAAGACCUUAGAGAUCACCCUAGACAGAAACGAAGAAUUUUUCGAUGUUUAUGAAAAUGUAAAGCUGAAAUGGCGAUUUGUCUGUUUACAAGUUCAAGCACCUGCAGCGUUUAGAAAUGGAAACAUGGGGGAUUAUAAUGCGUCCCUGCGAUCAGAAGUUAGACAAUAUGAGUUAAGUUUUCACAAGAAACACAAAGAUACGGUGCUAAAUGUGUACUUGCCACACAUUUUAGAGAAGGCUAAUGCAAUAAAGAAAGAGGGCAAUGUGAUUAAGCUUCACACAGUUAACUAUGAUCGAUGGGAUGCAAAUGACACCAUUUUUAAGCACCCAAUGACCUUCAAGAGCCUUGCUCUGGAUGCAGAGCUGAAGAAGGACCUCAUAGAGGAUCUAGACAACUUCAUGAAUGGGAAGGAAUACUAUGAAAGAAUUGGGAGAUCCUGGAAACGUGGAUACUUACUAUAUGGACCUCCGGGCACGGGGAAGUCAAGCUUGAUUGCAGCCAUGGCUAAUCACUUAAAGUUUGACAUCUAUGACUUGGAUUUAACAGACAUCCAAUCCAAUUCAGAUCUUCGAGUUUUGCUGCUUAGCAUGCCGAGCCAAUCAAUACUUGUCAUAGAGGAUAUCGACUGCUCUAUCAAGCUACAAAAUCGGGAAUCAGAGGAUUCAUCAAAAAAUCAAUCAGAGAAUCAACGAGAUGACAAGCAGGUUACACUCUCAGGCCUCCUCAAUUUUAUUGAUGGGCUGUGGUCAUGUUGCGGUGAAAAACGUAUAAUUAUUUUCACAACCAAUCACAAAGAGAAACUAGACCCCGCACUGUUGAGACCUGGACGCAUGGACAUGCAUAUUCCAAUGUCAUACUGCAACACUUCUGUAUUCGAGCAACUUGUCUUCAACUAUCUAGGGAUUAGCCAUCAUCAUCUUUUGGAGCAAAUUCAAGAGCUCAUUAUGGAGGUAGAGGUUACACCAGCAGAAGUAGCAGGGGAGUUGAUGAAGAGGAAGUGCGGUGGUGCUGACAUUUCCCUCCAAGGCCUUAGCAAGUUUCUUCAAGCAAAGAAGACUGAAAAAGAUAAAGCGAAAAACUAACAUGAAAUGGAUGAGUUUAGCAGCGCAAUAGAAGAAAAAUUCACAAGAUUACUGACAAUAAAGUUAUAUAACAACAUGAAUGAAAGGUAUAAGGUUUAGAUCAAAUAUGAUGUCUAAGCAUAAAGAAUAUGUAAAGAAUGGAGCUUCUUCUGAGAUUUAGCUUCUCAACCAUGCGCAAUAUUUAGCUUCUUCGAAUUUGCAUUAUAUUUAGCUACUCCCAGAAUGCAUAUCACUUGACUGUAACUUAAAACAACCCUAUAUUGUAUUGUUUCUCAUUCUCCAUUGACAAU